AGUACGCAGUGCACCACAUUUGCUUUAAAACCUGGCUCCAAGUUUGACCACGACUUUAAUCUUUGACUUCAACGUUGACAACGACGACAUCGACCUCAAGCACAAUGACCAUCUAUUACUCGCUCACAUUCCUGCUCCUAGCAGCAGAAAUGGUAACAUUCUGCCUUCUCGUAUCACCACUCCCUUUCACGAUCCGCAAAAAACUCUUCCGGUUCCUCUCUGAAAGCCCCAUUAUCGCCAAAGUCGCGUAUGCGCUCAAGAUUUCCUUCAUCUUCGUAGGCAUUCUCUUCCUAGACGCCAUGCAACGCAUGUACCGCGUAACAGCCGAAACCGAAAUGGCCAAAACAGGCAGCCAGGGCAUGCACGACGUGCGAACCGAAAGCAAUUUCGCUGCUCGCAAGUUCUACGCUCAACGAAACACGUACCUAACAGGUUUCUGCCUCUUCCUCUCUCUCGUCCUCACGCGCACGUUCUCCAUCAUCUUGGAUCUCAUCCACACGCAGGAGGAAUACGCAAAGUUGAAGAAAGCUGCUGGCGCCGGCGCCAAGGGUGACCAAACGAAGGAAAUCGAAGAACUUAAGAAGAAAUUGGCCGCGGGCGAAGCAAAGGAUCGCGACUUUGCAACCCUUAAGAAGCAGGCCGCACAACAGGCUGCCGAGUUUGAUCGCCUCGCGACUAAGUAUAACGAGGUGACUGGGGCUGUUUCGGACAAGAAAUCGGACUAGGGGUUCUUUGUGUAAUUGUGAUGCGUACCGGCUUUCAUCAUUUUUUUUUUGUUCUUGUUCACAAUCAGUAACCUAUCUUUGCCUUUGCCUAUCCUAACGCUCACCAAGGUUUUCAAAAAAAUGCUCAGUGUUUCAUGUGUAGCGCGUUCGUCAAGACGUGUUUUUCCUGUUUCUUGGCAAAUCAGUGCAAAAUGAAUGUUGUAUACUCGGUCACACCCAGGGCCUGAUGCCUGAGGUUGAAUCAAAUUUGUUUGUACGUCGGAAUAAUUCCUUGUUAUUGAUUAGUUACCCCCUGCC